AUGUCUACCGAUUUACAAACAAAAAUUUAUAAUUUCUUGAUUAACGCAGAAGAAGAUCAUAUAACUGCUGGAUCGGUUAUUUACCAAGCUAUAGAAGAUGAUCCAUGGAUAGAAAAAACUGAGCUGAAAGGUGUUAUAGAACAGGCGGUAUCAUUUGCUAAUAAUCGAAAUAUUCGAGGUUCCUCACGUCAUACGACACUUCUCGAAAUUCUACCCGAAUUCGAAAUUUCCUAUAAAACUGUUUGUAGUUUACGUAUCAUUGGAGCGGUGAAAACGAAUGAAGAAAAGCCUCUUAGCUCCGGUCAAAUUGGAAAAAAUAUCAAAGCGCUAAAAGGAAAACUUAAAAAAAACCUAUCACAGCUUUACCAGUAUUUAUUUUCCAGUAUAAAAAAUAUAUCUAUUUCUGCGUUAAGCUGGAAAGAUCCUCUAGCUAGCCAAGUGAUCAGUGACGAUUCAUAUUUAGUGCAGAAUUUACCUACACAAUUAAGGGACAUAUUUAUGAAACCAGUACGGCAAAUGGUGCCUUCGUCCCUUCCACCAAUUAUACAAGAAAAAUGCAAUCAAUUCGUAGAAAACUUUAUUGCGAGAGGUACAGACAGUUUACCACGAAAACUUACGCAUGAUGGAGCGUGGAAGGAGUCGAACGAGGAGCUUGCAGAGGUUGCGUCGAGAAUUUUGUGUACUCUGAACGAUGCAUGGAAUAAUCCAGCAUUUGAUCCUGAGUUCGCAGAAUUGCAAAGUGAAGGCACUUACGUAAAUAAUGUAAUAUUACCCGCCAUACGAGCUACAUUAAAAUGUCUUCCUCUAGGAAAAUCCACCUUUGUCAGCAGUUCCGAACGUCAAAGCAGUGCUAGUGCGGACAGAAAGGGAAAUGGGCGGUUGGGGAGACGGCCGGAUAUUAUGUUCGUAAUGAAACAUG